CAAUGCGAUAAUGGGCAUGGAGGCUGUUAUAGCAUGUUAAUUGUAUUGCCUUCAUAAGUUUUAUAUAUAUAUAUAUAUAUAUAUAAUCGUCCCCUCAGUAUUUAAACUAAAACAAUUCACGGUCUAUUGAAAAGGUGAGGAUCAUUCUACCAGCAGUGUCACACACUGGUACAUCGUAAUGGACCGAAGAGAAAACGUCCAUCAAAUAUUGGAUUUGGAUGGAUCUCUGAACAAUGGUAUUUCAAGCCCAAUGUCGUAGCCAUCAGCAGCAAGCACUGAACUGGAUCAAGCCCGUUUUAGUUGGAAUCAAUGCUCGUCCCCAGAGACCUAAGAUGGCUCAAGAUCGGCCCUUCCAGGCCCAUUCCUGAACAGUACACGUUUAGUUCUUUACUUGGGAGGUUCAACUCGUGUAGGAACUCUUGUACCGGAGAAGAAAAUCAAAACCAUUUCUCACUGAAAAUUCAUCGAUAUAUAUACAUAUAAUGCCUAUAUUAUAUAUAUAGCUUCAUAGAGAUCGAAACUGUGGCGAAACUCGAUUGUUUCGAAGAUGAUGCAGCCAAAGCAAAUCUCUGAUGAUCGAGGCUCUUCUACAUUUAGGAACACUCCUUUGCAGAUAAUCCAUAUUAUUGGCAACUUCUUGAGAAUAUGGUCAGUUUACUCCAUGUACCGCUACUUGUCCCAGACAGGAGCUUCAGUUGUACUUUUUAUCUUCAGUUGUCUCGUUCCAUCAUCAAUCCUAUUUUUAUUUUUGCAAAAGCCUUGGAAAGGCAGGCCGCUCUCUAAUAUACAGGUUGUACCCUCUAUAAUAAAUGGUGUUAUAACAGCUCUAUACUUCAUCCUGUGGGGAAAGGGCCUCAAAGCAUGUGGGCCUACAAGGGCUAUUAUGGCAGAGUAUUCUGGUGCUGUUCUUGGGGUACUAUCUGCAGUAUUGUAUGGAAGGAGGGGCCAUCUCUGGAAAAAGCUGGGUGGACUCAUUGCAAUGUUGGCAUCUUUCUACUUCUUCUCUGAAGGAUGGGCCAUAGCCACAUAUUCUCCACUCACAUUUAGCGAUCUCCCUAAUACUGAAGUUCAGACGGAACACGUUUUGGGAAUGAAGGAAAUGGCAGUUCCCAUCUUUGCUGGAAUCUUGUCAGCAUUGAGAAGGGUGAUUGCAAGGCGAGUUUCACUCAAGAAUCAACUUAAGAGGCGACUUAAUGCUAUAACCAUUGCUUCUGCAACCUGUUUUCUCUUUCCCGUGGCCAUGUGGGACAUGAUUAUAGGAUCAACUGGUGGGAGCAGCAUGGAGUUGCCCUUUUCUGCUUGGCCUUUUUUGAGCACCAUUCUCUUUGGAAUUAUAUUCAUAUUUUAUGUCGACAGUAUUGCUGAAGAAAGAUUGCAUAUGGUUUUCUCUUCUCCAAAACAUUUAAUGGUUGCUGGAGGAUGCAUCAUUGUCAUGGAGAUUGUAUACAGAAUGGACUUCUCUUUACCAGGCUUUCUUAUUUGCUCCACCAUAUUGGGCUUUGGGAUAUAUGAAGCAACUUCUUUGGAACGUGUUGGAAAAGAUUCUUUGCAAAAGUCUGAACGAUCAAAUGGGAUUUUUGAAGACCAAAUCCAGAUGUCCAGACUCCCAACAUGAAAAGCAUACUUUGUGUUUAUUAGGCGGUCUUGGCGGUGGCAAAGCAGCAAGUUGUGGUAGAAAUUCUGGUUUGUUUAACCCUACUUACCGUAAUCCGCUGCGAGAAAGUUGUGUUCGGGGAACACACAAGCAAAUUCUUUGAUUACUGGAAUCAUGGGGAACUCCAAGCGGAUUACUGACUGCAACCUUAUGUCACAUCAAAUCGAAGUAUGUAGGAGAUUGGUUUAUCAAAGUUUAUUACUUCGACAUUUUAAGUUGCCCACUUUUUUAUUUAUUGUUUUUGAGUUCAUAGCUGUGGGUGAAAGAUGAACACUUGUACAGAUGAUUGUUGCAGUCAAUUGAUGAGUUCCACUGUUCUAUAAUUUGUUUCCAGUUACAGUGGCUUUUCCUUAUAGUUUACCAUCCAUCACUUCACGAAUAACCUUGGUGAUUCAAGGAUGAAAACAAUUAUGUUUGUGAGGGUUGGCUUUGUAUUGAAGUUUUUAUUAAAAAGCUAGGUUUUGUUGUUGGUUUUGUAA